CCCAGACAGCAUGCUUCCAAAGGUUUCUGUGCUAAACUGCUGAUCAACACGCUUUCUUCCUUAGUCGAGAAUUUUCCUUCUCAAUUUUCUCACUUCUCAAACAGAAAAUGUCCGAUCCAUCUCCAAGGUACCGCAUAGGAUAUGCUCUUUCCCCCAAGAAGGAACUAAGCUUCAUCCAGGACUCUCUCAUCGAUCACGCUAACCAGCGCGGCGUCGAUCUCAUCCGCAUCCAUCCCACCAAGCCCAUCACUGAACAGGGACCCUUCGAUUGCAUCAUCCACAAGCUGUACGGACGCGAAUGGAAUCAGCAGCUGCACCAGUUCUCGAUCGAACACCCAAACGUCACCGUAAUCGAUCCGCCGGAGGCCAUCGAGAAGCUCCACAACCGGGUCUCCAUGCUCCAGGUGGUGACCCGGCUGAGAAUGCCUCAAGGAAACGAAGCCUUCGGGGUUCCAAACCAAAGAGUGGUGUACAAGUCGGAGACUCUGAUGGCUCCGAAUGCGACUCAGGAGGUGGGGCUAAGGUUGCCGGUGAUAGCGAAGCAGGUGUCUGCGGACGGCAGCGCGAAUUCGCACGAGAUGUGCUUGGUGUUAAAUCCGAACGGGUUGAAGAAGCUGAAAACACCAAUCGUGCUGCAGGAGUUCGUAAACCACGGCGGGGUGAUUUUUAAGGUGUACGUGGCGGGAGAGUACAUCAACUGCGUGAAGCGCAAGUCGCUUCCAGAUAUAUCCGAAGAGAAGCUGAAUAACGGUGAUACGGAGGGUCUGUUGUCAUUUUCGCAGAUAUCGAAUUCGGCGAGAAAUGAAGAUGAGGAGGAUAGUUGUUCCGAUGCUGAGAAGUCAGAACCGCCGCCAUUGGAGUUUGUGACGGAGUUGGCGAGGGGGUUGAGGGAGGAGAUGGGGCUUCGGCUCUUUAACUUCGAUAUGAUCAAGGAUGGUAGAGAUGGGAAUAGGUAUCUUGUCAUCGAUAUCAAUUACUUCCCUGGGUAUGCCAAAAUGCCGUCCUAUGAAUCGGUUUUGGUGGAUUUUUUCUUAGACAUUGUUACCAAGAAGAGGAACAAGACUGUUGGGUUGGAGGAAGAACAUCAAGACAUCAGCCAUGGUGGUCACAUUGAAGAGAAGAACUUGUGAGGAAUGCUUGCAGUCGCGGUCCGGCUUGAAUGCAUUACUGCUGCAUCCAAGCCAUAGCAUAAGAAACAAUCUGGAUGGCUAGAAAAAAAGCAGUUCAGGAGCAGCUCUGCACAGAAACACUUAAAUCAUCCCGGAUUUUUCAAUUGCUGCGAUACAUCCAACUCAUGCGAGAAAGGUCCCUUCUAUGAUUCUAUCUACCAACUUCCUCUACUAAACUUGGAUAUUUUCAAUGAGGCUUGGACUAUGGAGCGCAUGCUUGGGCGAAUAGGCCCAACACGAUCUCUAAUUAUGGUUUACGCGCUAAUAACCCUAAUUAGAGUUUUAUAAUCUGACGAACCACAUCAAACCACGUCAGUUUGUGAGAUUAUUUUUGUAUAAUCUCUUUG